AUGAUGAAUUCUUCCGAAGAUAACCAGACAGAUCUGGAGGUGAUUUUGGACUUUCUGGAGGAACACUACAGACAGGGCACUGGAGAUGGCGGAGAAAAAGGUAGAAAGGUGCGUCUGUUUCACUUCUUGUUUGAGAUGCUGGAGAACCUUGGCAUGGUCCACUGCGUUUCCUGGGUGCCAGCGGCAGCAGACGGAGUGUUCCGCUUCUCUUCCCGGAACAAGGAACAGGUAGCAGCACUCUGGGGGCAGAGGAAAGGCAACAGGAGGCCCAUGACCUACCAGAAGAUGUCCAGGGCGCUGAGGAACUACGCCCGGUCUGGAGAGAUCUUCAAGGUGAAGAAGAAACUGACCUAUCAGUUCAGCAGAGCGACCUUGAGUGCCUUGAGGAAGUGCCAUCAGGGAAAACUGUAA